AUGGUGGCAACACGGUCUCGAUCAAGCAAUAACGGUCGGCGUAAUUUGCUCACUAAUAUCAUCAAUUCUAGGCAUUCUCGUAGAAACAAACUCGUUGUCAAUAAUGUUAAUCAAGAGAGGGCAUUCUUAAAAGAUAAUGCGGAUGACAAUUCCGUCAAUGUUGAGCGCCCAAGUUCACAUCGAUUACGAUCCUUGAGAGGAUUUAUGGAUUUUGAUGAUUCAAAUGAUAAUUAUAAUGAAAGAAACGAAGGUACGCUAAGUAUCUUUACCCUUUUUAAUCCGUUAGAUAUUGCUGCUGACGGUAUAAACGACGAAGAGGAAUAUAACGGUUGGUUAAGACGUAGUAGUCGUCAAAGACGACUAGUUUACAAUUCCUUAAAUCUUGACGUACUCACUGGCAAGAGUGAAAUUAGUCGUGCUGUUACAAGUGCUAAUUACAACUUACGUGAAAAACGUCAUGUUCCGACACGAUUUAGUAUCCCAAUUGGAGAAACUAUAAAACGCCGUCGGAAUCAUGCAAUGCGCCCUUGGCUUAAACAUGUCAAGAAAGAUACCUCAAACCGACGACGUCGAGAAAAGAAACGACAGUUACGUAUAGCUGGUAACGAUCAAGAUUCCUUCUCCAGUGAUGAAGAAUGGUUUGAGAUGCGAAAGCAGAGAAGUCUUAUGCGAUCUAGAAACCGAUUUCUUCCUUUAAAUUUUAAACCUGAAGAUUUAUCGAAUCACAAAAUUAUUGAACAAAGAUUAAAGAUUGGAUCCAGCCUAGCUGAUAUUGAACCUAUGGCGAUAGAUUCAACAAUUACUUUUGAUGAUAUUGGAGGCUUAAGCAAUCAUAUCAACUCUUUAAAGGAAAUGGUAUUGUUUCCCCUGCUUUAUCCAGAAGUAUUUCAAAAAUUUAACAUAACUCCUCCAAGAGGUGUUUUAUUCCAUGGUAAGCCAGGAACAGGUAAAACGUUAGUAGCUCGAGCUGUUGCCAAUCAGUGUAGUCUCGGUGGAAAGAAGGUAGCUUUUUUCAUGAGAAAAGGUGCUGAUUGUCUUAGUAAAUGGGCUGGAGAAUCUGAACGUCAGCUACGAUUGUUAUUCGAUCAGGCUUACGGUAUGAGGCCAGCCAUAAUUUUUUUCGAUGAGAUUGAUGGUUUAGCACCAGUUCGCUCCAGUAAACAAGAUCAGAUUCAUUCAUCGAUUGUGUCAACAUUAUUAGCUUUGAUGGAUGGACUGGAUAAUCGAGGCGAAAUUAUAGUUAUUGGUGCUACAAACCGUGUCGAUGCGAUUGAUCCUGCGCUUAGACGUCCUGGAAGAUUCGAUCGUGAGUUUUACUUUCCUCUUCCUGAUAGAAAGUCGAGACGUUCUAUAGUGCAGAUACAUACUCGCCAAUGGGAUCCACCACUAACGGACGAGUCCAUAGACGAUAUCGCAGAUAAAUGUAUUGGUUACUGCGGUGCGGAUAUAAAAGCUCUUUGCACUGAAUCAGCAUUAAAUGCUCUACGUCGUAGAUAUCCACAAAUUUAUAACAGUAACAAGAAGUUAAAGAUUGAUGUGGAUUCGAUUCAUAUCGAACCUUGCGACUACGAAUUUGCAAUGAAUUCAAUUACACCGUCUGCCCAGAGGGGUGUAAUAUCAGUUGGGAGACCUUUAAACAAAUUAACGCGGCUUCUGUUUAGCUCGCACUUAGAUAAAGUCUUUAAUUUUUUGAAAACAAAAUUUCCGUUUGGCAAGUUACUGAACUCAGGAUAUGAUAAAGCACACAGUCAAUCAAUCACUGGGGCAUUUGAGACCAUUAUUUAUCGUCCAAAACUUCUACUUUAUGGUAAAUCAGGUAUGGGACAGUCGUCACAUAUUGCCCUGGAGAUUCUUCAUAACAUAGAUGAAAUCCCAGUUUAUCACCUGGAUAUUCCUCAUUUGUACACGUCUAUGAAAACUCCAGAGGAAUCUUGCGCCCAGGUAAUUAUGGAAGCUUCUAGUAAAUGUCCCUGUGUUCUAUUCCUGCCUCGUAUCGAAACAUGGUGGUCUGUUGCAUCUGAUUCAUUACGAGCAACUAUUUGUGGACUUCUGUGCGACUUACAGCCUUCCCUGCCCAUUUUAUUGCUGGCAACUAGUGAUUGCGAAAAUUUUACUGGAUCACUUCCUACGAUAUUGAGGGAAUUGCAAAUAACAAAAGAUGCAUGCUUUCAUAUCAACUCGCCAGAUUACUACGCUAGGUACUUGUAUUUUAAAGAAGUGCUAGAGAAUUGUUCUAAAGGGCGGACAAGAAAAAGUUUAGAUACUGUUGUCAGAAGUGAAAUUGAAAUCCUAGAAGUGGAAGAUAGUAGCUCGGUAUCUAGACAGUUGACAAAAGAAGAGGUAGAUCGUUUGGCAAAAUAUGAAAGUAAUGUCUUUAGAGAACUAAGAAUCUUUUUGAGAGAUGUUAUAAACAGACUCAUGUCCGAUCGAAAAUUUUGUUGCUUUGUUAAGCCUGUUAAUCUUGACGAGGUAACAGACUAUUUGGAUGUUGUGACGACACCCAUGGACUUUUCAACAAUUGCUGAUAAAAUAGAUGAUGGCUCGUACACAUCUGCCGCACAGUUUGUAGCGGACAUUCAAAUCAUUGUAAAUAAUGCACUGAAAUAUAAUCCUGUUAGUGAUCCACUUAGUAAAGCUGUCCGCCAUCGAGCUUUUAUGCUAAAGGAUACCGUCGACUCUAUUAUUGAUAAGGAACUUGAUAGCGAUUUUGAAAAGACUUGUGAAGAACUAAAAGAAUCCAGAAAACGCCGUGAAAAUUUACCGGUAACCAUUGACGAAAGUCCCAAAACAGAUGCAACAAACAUCAGUAGUCUUAUAUACGUACGGAAACCACCAAUAAAUUCUGUACGAUUUAGUAAACGAAUUCGAGGUAUAGAAGUAGAUGAAUCUACAGAAAAUUCGUGUGACGAAAUUCAGUACCGGCAGUCACAAGCCAAAGCUGUCGUUCAAAACGGAAAAUUAAACGAUACAUCAGAAACGACAAGUGUUGGUGAAACUGAUUCUCAUUUAAAUUUCAAUGAUGGUGAUAAUAGUAUCCGGAAUAGUAGUACCGUUAGUUCAGAGAUUACUACCAAUUCUUGCCUCCUAAUCAGUAAUGGUUCUGCUGGUCUUUGUGAAACCGACCGUUAUGAACAACUCGAUACUAUAGAUAAUGGUGUCAGUGAUGAGGAAUUGAAUUCUCUAAUUUCUCGUUUGGCCACUUCAACUGCUGAGAACACUAUAGAAGAUAUUGAAAGGCUUUCUGUGAAUAUUCACGGAUUCUUUAAAAGCUAUAGUCAAGUCCAUAAUAGAUGUCCUCCACUAACGGAUAUUGAACAGUUUAUUGCUCAUGCUGAAUAA